AUGUCGGAGACUUUCGAGUUCCAGGCUGAGAUCUCUCAGCUGCUGUCUCUCAUCAUCAACACUGUCUACUCCAACAAGGAGAUCUUCUUGCGAGAACUCAUUUCCAACUGCUCUGAUGCUCUGGACAAGAUCCGAUAUGAGUCCCUUUCAGACCCUUCUAAGCUCGACUCGGGCAAGGAUCUCCGUAUCGACAUUAUCCCCGACAAGGAGAACAAGACCAUCACCAUCCGUGACACUGGUAUUGGUAUGACCAAGGCUGACUUGAUCAACAACCUCGGUACCAUUGCCCGAUCCGGUACCAAGCAGUUCAUGGAGGCUCUGACUGCUGGUGCUGAUAUCUCCAUGAUCGGUCAGUUCGGUGUCGGUUUCUACUCUGCAUACCUUGUGGCCGACAAGGUCACCGUCAUCUCCAAGCACAACGAUGACGAGCAGUACAUCUGGGAGUCCAGCGCUGGUGGUACCUUCACUCUCUCCCCCGACACUGAGGGUGAGGCCCUUGGCCGUGGUACCAAGAUGAUCCUUCACUUGAAGGAUGAGCAGACCGACUACCUCAAUGAGAGCAAGAUCAAGGAGGUAGUCAAGAAGCACUCCGAGUUCAUCUCUUACCCCAUCUAUCUCCAUGUCCUGAAGGAGACCGAGAAGGAGGUCCCUGACGAGGACGCCGAGGAGGAGACGGCCGAAGAUGAAGAGAAGAAGGCCAAGAUUGAGGAAGUCGAUGACGAGGAGGAGAAGAAGGAGAAGAAGACCAAGAAGAUCAAGGAGUCCAAGAUUGAGGAGGAGGAGCUGAACAAGACUAAGCCCAUCUGGACUCGCAACCCUGCCGACAUCACCCAGGAGGAAUACGCUUCCUUCUACAAGUCUCUCUCCAACGACUGGGAGGACCACCUCGCUGUCAAGCACUUCUCUGUUGAGGGUCAACUUGAGUUCCGCGCUAUCCUCUACGUCCCCAAGCGUGCUCCUUUCGACCUUUUCGAAACUAAGAAGACCAAGAACAACAUCAAGUUGUACGUUCGCCGCGUUUUCAUCACUGAUGAUGCCACCGACCUCAUCCCUGAGUGGCUCAGCUUCAUCAAGGGUGUUGUCGACUCUGAGGAUCUCCCUCUCAACUUGUCUCGUGAGACCCUCCAGCAGAACAAGAUCAUGAAGGUCAUCAAGAAGAACGUUGUCAAGAAGACUCUUGAGCUCUUCAACGAAAUUGCUGAGGACCGUGAACAGUUCGACAAGUUCUACAGUGCCUUCAGCAAGAACAUCAAGCUCGGUAUCCACGAGGACAGCCAGAACCGCCAGGCUCUUGCCAAGCUUCUCCGCUACAACUCCACCAAGUCUGGUGAUGAGAUUACUUCUCUCACUGACUACGUCACCCGUAUGCAGGAGCACCAGAAGCAGAUCUACUACAUCACUGGCGAGUCUCUCAAGGCCGUUCAGAAGUCUCCUUUCCUUGACACCCUCAAGCAGAAGAACUUCGAAGUUUUGUUCCUUGUUGACCCCAUUGACGAAUAUGCUUUCACUCAGCUGAAGGAGUUUGAUGGCAAGAAACUCGUUGAUAUCACCAAGGACUUCGAGCUCGAGGAGACCGAGGAGGAGAAGGCCGAGCGCGAGAAGGAGGAGAAGGAAUUCGAGGAACUCGCCAAGAGCCUCAAGAACAUUCUUGGCGACAAGGUCGAGAAGGUCGUCGUCUCUCACAAGCUCAUUGGUGCUCCUUGCGCCAUCCGUACCGGACAGUUCGGUUGGUCCGCUAACAUGGAGCGUAUCAUGAAGGCUCAGGCCCUCCGUGACACUUCCAUGAGCUCCUACAUGUCAUCCAAGAAGACUUUCGAGAUCUCUCCCAAGUCUUCUAUCAUCAAGGAGCUCAAGAAGAAGGUCGAGGCUGAUGGUGAGAACGACCGCACUGUCAAGUCGAUCACCCAGUUGCUCUUCGAGACCUCCCUCUUGGUCUCUGGAUUCACCAUCGAGGAGCCUGCCAGCUUCGCCGAGCGCAUCCACAAGCUUGUCUCUCUCGGUCUGAACGUUGAUGAGGACGCUGAGACUGCCGAGGAGAAGGAGGCUGAGGAGACUCCUGCCGCUGAAGCCACUGGCGAGAGCACCAUGGAGGAGGUUGACUAA